AUGAGCUACUACUACGACAGCGACGACGAGGUUGUGCUUGUGCAGCAAGGGGUAGAGCAAUCUGGAAGGGCGAAGGAUGGAAGGUACAGUACGUGGUCGCAGAGCGAGCUGGAGAAGAAGAUGUUCUCUUGGUCCCUCCAAGACGUGCUAAAUAAAAAUCUCCUCAAGGAGAAGGUUAAAAAAAUACCAACAACUUUCACUUCACUGAAAGAGUACAUGGGAUCAUUCACUGUGCCACUGAUCGAAGAGACCCGUGCUGAUCUGUGCUCUGCCCUGGAAGGCAUCAAGCAUGCACCAGCAGCCGAAGUGAUCGCGAUGGAGAAGCAUUGCUCAGAGCAGCUCAUAUACAAUCUUCAGGUCAAGAAAGUUGAUCCCAGGAUGAACAAUGCUCAGGAAGUCUACGGCCCAAAGGAUGCGGAUAUACUGCUGCUGACGGAUCAUAAACCGAGGCAUCCCAAUGACCUGGGACGCAGCGGCAAGUCCAUUGUGAUAGGCUCGGUGCUGAAAGCCCAGGAUUCGGAAGGCAACACCGUCGUCAGGCUGUCAUCUAGGCAUGCCGAGAAGCGUUCCGGAUCGGAGCAAUCGCUCUUCGCGGUGUUCCUGAUCAAUAUGACCACCUACAACCGCAUAUGGAGCGCCCUGGAUGCGGUGGUCGCCGAUGUCAGGAACACCGAUAUCAUUCGGAUGGUCGUAAAUUACAAUCCAAAGGACGGCAAGGAGUGUUCUUUUGCGUCAGAACUGCCUCUACACUUACCUGACAGAGCGCUUGGUCGCCUUGAAGAUUUCAAGCUCAACAAGUCGCAGAGAGUGGCGGUGCUCGACUGCGUGGCAGCGAUGCAGCAGGGGAGCUCGUCCGUGCGCCUGAUAUGGGGGCCUCCCGGGACGGGGAAGACGAAGACCAUCAGCACGCUCCUGUGGGCCAUGAUGAUCAAGAACCACAGGACGCUGACCUGCGCUCCGACGAACACCGCCGUCGUCGAGGUCGCGUCCCGGGUCCUCGGCCUCCUCGAGGAUCCUUCCGCCGGCAGCGGGAAAACCUGCUUCUUGAGCGACGUCGUGUUGUUUGGUAAUGAGGAUAGGAUGAACGUGGACGUAAACCUGGCAAGGGUCUUCUUGGCUAAGCGUGCUCGCCGCCUGCAGACGUGCUUGAUGCCAGGUUCAGGUUGGAUGCACUUUUUGGGCUCCACGGUACGGAUUCUUGAGCAACCUCUGGAUGAAUAUGAUUCAUAUGUCAAGCAAAUUGAAAGGGAGAUAGAAGAGGAUUUUGCCAAGAGAAAGAAGGAUAAUGAUAAAAAGAAGGUAAAGGAGCACGUUUCUAAGAAGGUCAUACCAAAAAUGUCAUUCAAGGAAUACUUCGUAAGUAAUUACAAACGGCUCGAGAAUGAUUUGAGCAUUUGUAUCAAGACAUUUUGUGAUGAUCUCCCCAGAUCUGCUACAUCUGCAGAGAAUUUCAGUUUCAUGAUCGAGUGUCUGCGCCUGCUCAAAUCUUUUGGGGAACUUGUUGGAUCUGAAUCAGACAAGGAGCUUCAGAACGUGUUCAAGCACAACCCCGACGGCACAGUCUGCUCACUGUUUCAGAAUUUCCUUACAUUUGUGGAUGACAGUGUCAGUACAGAGCUGAAGAAUGCUAGAGCUCAGUGUCUAAAGAAGCUUAAAUACCUCUCUGAUCACUUUGAACUUCCCAAUGUUUUUGACAACCGUUCGAUUGAAGAUUUCCUGCUGCGAAACGCCAGCAUACUCUGCACGGCUUCUAGCUCGUCUCGCUUGCACUACAUGCCAGAGGCACGCCCGUUCGAUCUCCUUGUCGUCGACGAGGCAGCACAGCUGAAAGAGUGCGAGUCACUGAUUCCUCUUCAGCUCCCUGGUGUUCGCCACGCCGUGCUCAUCGGUGACGAGUAUCAGCUUCCGGCACUGGUCAAGAGCAGGGUUUGUGAAGAUGCAGAGUUUGGAAGGAGCCUGUUUGAGAGGCUGAGUUCCCUGGGGCACCCGAAGCACCUCCUGGACGUGCAGUACAGGAUGCACCCGGGGAUCAGCAAGUUCCCCGUCUCGAGCUUCUACGAGAGCAGGAUAUCCGACGGCGAGAACGUGCUGCGAAGGGUCUACGAGAGGAGGCCCCUGGCCGGGCCGAUGUACGGCUCCUACUCCUUCAUCAACGUCGAGGCCGGCAGGGAGAGCAAGGGCAAGCACGACAAGAGCCUCAUGAACACCGUCGAGGUCGCCGCCGUCACCCGAAUCGUGCAGCGACUCUUCAAAGAGUCGGUCGACACCGGGAGGAAGCUGUGCGUGGGCUUGGUGUCGCCGUACAAGGGGCAGGUCCGCGCCAUCCAGGAGAAGCUCGGGAAGACGUACGAGGCGAACGGGGGCUUCUCCGUGAAGGUGCGGUCGGUGGACGGGUUCCAGGGCGCCGAGGAGGACAUCAUCGUCUUCUCCACCGUGCGGAGCAACAGCACCGGAUCGGUCGGCUUCCUCUCCAACGUCAACCGCACCAACGUCGCGCUCACCCGGGCCAAGCACUGUCUUUGGAUUGCUGGCAAUGCGACCACCCUGGCGAGCAGCAAGACGAUCUGGCACGAGAUUGUGGCCGACGCGAAGGAAAGAGGCUGCCUUUUCAACGCUCAGGACGACACAGAACUCAACGGCGCGAUCAUCAAGGCUGUCAUCGAGCUGGACGAAGUCGACGACCUGCUCGACAUGGACUCCCUACGUAUUACUAGCAACCGGAGGUCGGGUGCACGUAAAAACCUAAAAUUAUAA